AUGCACACAGCCCAAAAAUCAAAAGACCUGCCACCAGAUUUUAGUUCUGGGUAUUCUGAGGAUAACCUACAUUCCAACCCUAACUACAUGAUUUUAAGGCCUCAUGAUCAUCCGUUUACUGUGAUUGAAGUCACUUCUGUUUUCUUUCUCUCACUUCUACUUGUGGAGUCUCUUUCCAAAUUUAGGAGCACGGAAUCAACCACUCUUUUUCUUGAAUCCCCAGUGUCUCUAUCCGAAGACAGAACCGGACUGAGUCAUUCAUUUGAAGACAGAAGUUUCUCAGUCAAACCCAGACAGGGAACUGCCCUAACUCCAACGUCUCAGUGUCUCUAUCCGAAGACAGAACCCGGACUAAGUCACCUCUGCACGAAGACAGAAGUCUUCUCAGUCGAAACCAGACAGAGAACAGCCCCUAAAUCCAACUUGUCUGUUUUUCACAGCAGUGUCUCUAUCCGAAGACAGAACCUGGAUCUGAGACACCUUCUCAGUGCACCAGAAGACAGAACCCGUCUUCUAUCGAAGACCCUCUGUCCGAGAAAUCUUCUCAGUCGCAAGCCAGACAGAGAACAGCCUAACCCAACUUGUCUUUGUCUUCACAGCACUGGUCACCCUCUGUCCGAAGACAGAAGUUAUCCGAAGAACAGCCCUAACUCCAACUUGUCUGUUUUUCACAGCAGUGUCUCUAUCCUCUGCACCCUCUGUCCGAAGACAGAAGUCUUCUCAGUCGCCUGCCAGACAGAGAACAGCCUAACUCCAACUUACAGAACACGGACUCUAUCCGAAGACAGAAGUCCCGGACAGAGAACACCCUCCAACUUGUCCGAAGUGUCUCUAUCCGAAGACAGAACCGGACUUCUCAGUCUGCCGAAGACAGAAGUCUUCUCAGUCGCAACAGCCAGAGAACAGCCAACUCCAACUUGUCUCAGUGUCUCUAUCCGAAGACAGAACCCGGACUGUGUCAAGUUCUGUGCACGAAGACAGAAGUCUUCUGUCGCAAGCCAGACAGAGAACAGCCUAACUCCAACUUGUCUGUUUUCAACCGAAGACAGAACCCCUGAACGAGUCACUCUCUGCACGAAGACAGAAGUCUUCUGUCGCAAGCCAGACAGAGAACAGCCUAACUCCAACUUGUCUGUUUUUCACAGCAGUGUAUCCGAAGACAGAACCUCUGAGUCACUUCACGUCGCAAGCCAGACAGAGAACUGCCUAACUCCAACUUGUUUUUCUGUUUUUAUCGGUCGCACCACUACCUCUGCCUGA